AUGCGCUACAUCCACUCCGAGGAGACUUUGACAAUCCCCGACGAUGUGUCGGUGAGCAUCCGCUCGAGGAUUGUGACUGUUGAGGGACCACGAGGCAAAUUGGUCAAGGAUCUCUCUCACUUGUCGGUCUCGUUCUCUCGCCCUAAGAAGAACAUCCUCGCCAUCGAAAUUCACCAUGGAGAACGCAAGGCUGUCGCUACCCUCCGCACCGUUAGAACGAUCAUUAACAACUUGAUCAUUGGUGUUACCCGCGGCUUCAAAUACAAGAUGCGUUAUGUCUACGCCCAUUUUCCCAUCAAUGUCAACAUUGAGAAUAGCAAGGAGACUGGCUCCACCCUUGUCGAGAUCCGAAACUUCCUUGGCGAGCAAAUCGUCCGCCGCAUUGUAUGCCAACCCGGUGUCGAUGUUAUCGUUUCCCAGAACGUCAAGGAUGAAAUCCAACUGUCCGGAAACUCCAUCGAAGCCGUGUCGCAAAGCUGCGCCGAUAUCAACCAGAUCUGCCGUGUGAGGAACAAGGAUAUUCGAAAAUUCUUGGACGGUAUAUACGUGUCGGAGAAGGGCAACAUCGUCGAGGAGUAA